GGGAGCAGCUGCAAUUCUCCCCGAGCCCGGAGCCCAGCUCCCGCCCGGCACCGACCCGCCCGGCCGCCGCGGUGCUGCGGGGCUCCCGGCCGCCUUGGCAGCAGCCCCGCGCGGCGUGGGCGUCCGAGGGGGCUUCCCCGGCCCCUCCUUCCCCUCUCCUCCCCCCGGCCUCGCGUCGGUCCCCCCUCCCGGCUCCCGGGCCGGGCCGGAGGAUGCGGACGAGCGGCGGGCGCGGCUCGGCUCCUCCUCGCCCCGUCGCCGUCGGGCGGCACCGCGGAGCAUCCUGAGCCCCGCACGGAGCAGCAGAGCAGCCGCACCCCCCCGCCCUCCUCCUCCUCCUCCUCCUCCACCACCUCCUCCUCCUCCCUGCCUCGCAUCGCUCCUCCCGCCGCCGUUUCCGCCGCGGCAGCCGGGCCUGGGGCCGCCCCGGUGCCGAGCGCUCCGCGGCUUCCCGCCGGGCCGGACGAUGUGGGUUGCUGCUGUCGGGGAGAGCUGCUGCCGGGGCAGAGGCGGCGAGCAGGGCUGGGGGAGCUGCGCCAGCCAUGGCGCUGUGAGCCCGGGGCGCCGAGCUGCGGCGAUGUGAGCUCGCACCCGCGGCCGGGGCGCUUCUUUUUUUAUAUAUAUAUUUAAUUUUAUUGUAUCGCCUCUUUUUUGUUUGUUUGCUGGCCUGGUGCUUCUUCCCGUGGCUGCUUUUUCCUUCCCCUCCCGCCCUCUCUGCGAGCGGAGUGGGGAGGGGGGGAAAAGAGGAAGAGGAGGAGUGCAAACAGAAAUGCAGCGCGGCUCGCCCUGAGCCCGGCCGCGGGAGCGGAGCGGAGCCGAGCCGCGUCCAUGUGCGCGCACUGCCGCGCCGCUCCUCCGAGCCACCGCGCUGGGGCCGGGGCUGGCCGCGGGCCGGGGGGGCUCUGACUCAUCCCACGGCCCCUCGCCGGAGGGUGGCCGAAGGGAGGAAGCGCCGCUGCCUGCGCCCGGGCAGAGCGGAGCGGCACUGCGCCGCAGGGACCCGCGGAUCCUCCGCGGCCCCCCCCACCCUCUCUUUGGACACAGCUGCCGCCGGCGGACCUUUGCAAGCGGGGCAGCCGCCUCCCGGAUUUACAAGGCGCGGGGGCGCUGCCAGCCCGGCCGGGGGUCUCUCGCCGACGGCCGCCUGCGCCGGGAUUUGCGCUCCCCGGGGACAGACCCAUGGGCGGCGGGGUCCGGCGGCCAGCCAUGGUUGUUAGCCCGGGCGCCCUGCUCCGCCUGGCCGGCUGAGCCCUCCCCGGCGCAGGGACUUGGGGCUGCAGCGCGUUAAGCGGGGCGUCCCCGUCCCCCGUCCCCGCGGGGCGCGGCGGCGGCUCGGCCCCAGCGCGCCCGGGCGGCGCCCCCCGGAGCGGAGCAGAGCGGAGCGGCGUGGGGGGCCCAUGAGCGGCGAUGGCAGCGGCUAUCGCCAGCUCGUUGAUCCGGCAGAAGCGGCAGGCGAGGGAGUCCAACAGCGACCGGGUGUCCGCCUCCAAGCGCCGCUCCAGCCCCAGCAAGGACGGGCGCUCCCUCUGCGAGAGGCACGUCCUGGGGGUCUUCAGCAAAGUGCGCUUCUGCAGCGGCAGGAAAAGGCCGGUGAGGAGGAGACCGGAACCCCAGCUGAAAGGAAUUGUGACAAGGUUAUUCAGCCAGCAGGAAUACUUCCUGCAGAUGCACCCAGAUGGUACAAUUGAUGGGACCAAGGACGAAAACAGUGACUACACCCUUUUCAAUCUAAUUCCUGUGGGUCUUCGCGUGGUGGCAAUCCAAGGGGUGAAGGCAGGUCUGUACGUUGCCAUGAACGCUGAGGGAUAUCUCUACAGCUCAGAUGUUUUCACACCAGAGUGCAAAUUUAAGGAAUCUGUCUUUGAAAAUUACUACGUUAUUUAUUCUUCCACGCUGUACCGGCAGCAAGAAUCCGGACGAGCGUGGUUCCUGGGACUCAAUAAAGAAGGUCAAAUUAUGAAGGGAAACCGAGUGAAAAAAACCAAACCCUCAUCACAUUUUGUACCCAAACCCAUUGAAGUGUGCAUGUACAGAGAGCCAUCGCUGCAUGAAAUUGGAGAAAAACAAGGACGCUCAAGAAAAAGUUCAGGGACACCAACCAUGAAUGGAGGCAAAGUUGUUAACCAAGACUCGACAUAGCUGACAAAUACCCUCCCUUCUUCCAACUCCUCCCCUCCCACCCACCUACCCACCCCACCUGGCGAAACCA